GGCCAGUAUGUUCCACUGUCACUAUUUCCGGCUACGUCAACAAUGACACGUGUAUUCAAGAUGGCGGCGGCGAUGGAGAGUUGGACUUUGCUGGUUAUAAUUUCCUUUCUACAUAAUGCUAACACAUUCUAUGUGCCUGGUGUAGCACCAAAAGACUUCCAUCAAAAUGAUCCUGUAGAAAUCAAGGCUGUCAAGCUGACAAGUUCAAGAACUCAGCUUCCCUACGAGUAUUACUCUCUCCCAUUUUGCCAGCCAGAUAAAAUAAUCUACAAGGCGGAAAAUCUUGGAGAGGUUUUGAGAGGAGAUCGAAUUGUCAAUACUCCAUUUCAAAUACAGAUGAACAAUGAUAAAAAAUGUGAAGUUCUAUGUAAUAAACCAAAAAAGCUGACCUUGGACCAUAGCAAACUAAUUGCAGAAAGGAUCAAAGAAGACUAUUAUGUCCAUUUAAUUGCAGACAACCUACCUGUUGCUACUCGGCUAGAGUUUUACCAAAAUAGAGAUGGAGAAGAUGAGCAAAAGAAAGAGAGUCAAAAGGAUGUGCAGUUUGAACAUGGAUACAGACUUGGCUUCACAGACCACAAUAAGGUGUACCUGCAUAACCAUUUAUCAUUUAUCCUCUACUACCAUAAGGAAAAAGUGGAGCAAGAUGGGGAAACUACUUUCAGAGUUGUACGAUUUGAAGUCGUUCCACAAAGUGUGAAACAAGAAGAUUUAAAAGUUGAUGACAAGGGUUUAUGCAGUUUGCCUGAGGCAAGUAGUUCCUCUCCUCAAGAAAUCGACCCCACUAAGGAGCAUGAAGUGCUCUUUACUUAUUCUGUUCGGUGGGAGGAGUCUUCUAUCAAAUGGGCUUCCAGAUGGGAUACCUACCUCACUAUGAGUGAUGUCCAGAUUCAUUGGUUUUCUAUUGUCAAUUCUGUUGUGGUAGUUUUCUUUCUGUCUGGCAUUCUCAGCAUGAUAAUCAUUCGAACUCUGAGAAAGGAUAUUGCUAACUACAAUAAAGAAGAUGACAUAGAGGAUACAAUGGAGGAAUCUGGGUGGAAGAAUGUCCAUGGUGAUGUUUUUCGACCACCACAGUAUCCUAUGAUCCUUAGCUCCCUGUUGGGUUCAGGAAUUCAGCUAUUCUGCAUGGUACUAAUAGUAAUAUUUGUUGCAAUGCUGGGAAUGCUGUCACCUUCUAGCAGAGGAGCUUUGAUGACAACAUCAUGCUUUCUUUUCAUGUUCAUGGGGGUUUUUGGAGGAUAUUUUGCUGGACGUUUGUAUCGGACAUUAAAAGGUCAUAGAUGGAAAAAAGGUGCUUUUUGUACUGCAACUCUGUACCCUGCUGUUGUAUUUGGAAUCUGCUUUAUAUUGAACUGCUUUAUAUGGGGAGAACAUUCUUCAGGAGCGGUACCAUUUCCUACUAUGCUUGCAUUGUUAUGCAUGUGGUUUGGGAUUUCUUUACCUCUUGUCUACUUGGGUUACUAUUUUGGAUUUCGCAAACAACCCUAUGAUAACCCUGUUCGCACUAACCAGAUUCCUCGCCAGAUUCCAGAGCAGAGGUGGUAUAUGAAUAAAUUUGUUGGAAUUCUAAUGGCUGGCAUUCUACCUUUUGGUGCAAUGUUUAUAGAACUUUUCUUCAUUUUUAGUGCUAUAUGGGAGAAUCAGUUUUACUACCUGUUUGGAUUCCUCUUUUUAGUCUUCAUCAUUUUGGUAGUUUCUUGCUCACAGAUUAGUAUUGUAAUGGUAUAUUUCCAGCUUUGUGCAGAGGAUUAUAGGUGGUGGUGGCGUACGUUUUUAGUCUCCGGAGGUUCAGCUUUCUACGUUCUUAUCUAUGCCAUCUUUUAUUUUGUGAAUAAGCUCGAUAUAGUUGAAUUCAUCCCAUCGCUGCUAUAUUUUGGGUAUACAGCAUUGAUGGUGCUGUCUUUUUGGUUGUUAACGGGGACAAUUGGAUUUUAUGCUGCAUACAUGUUCAUACGAAAAAUUUAUGCAGCUGUAAAAAUAGACUGAGACUGAUGAACUCUGUAAAAACCCUUCGUUUGUAUUCACUUGGAGGGCUUCCACCUUGAAAAGGACAACCAGACGGAACAUUUCCAGUUCAGAUUUGAAGCCCAGCUUUCCUCAUUACACAGUGUUGAUAAAUCAUGGACCAAAGGAUAAAAGCUAAAAGUCCCGUUUUUGGGUUGGGAGGGUGGGAUUGUUUGGUUGCAGGAAUGAGGAUCAUUUUUGUACUUCUUUUUUUCUUCUCUCUCUCCUUUUUCUCCUUUCUCCUCCACCCACAAGGUUUACUUACAGAUAAUUUGAAGUCACUGUAUAAAAGUAAUCCCUUAUAGGGUGUCACAUAUAUUUAAAUGCUCUGGGAAAGUAUUUUGAUCUAUUAUUAAAGAAGUUUUGAAGUUAGACUUUUUUUAAUAUAUUAUGCUUCUUUUUGAUGCACUCAUUUGACAUUGUCUGCCUUUAACAUGUUUCCAUUCUGUAUUUUCUAGAAAAUUACUUGAGUGGUAAAUUUCGGUGGCAUAUGUGCUUAUUGCAUGGGUAAGAAAUGAUAGUUAAUAAAGAGGAUGGUAAAUUAGGCACUAGUGUUUUAUUAAAAAAGAAAAAAGCAACAUUUAUGUGGUCACCAUAGUAGGUGCACCCAUUUAAAUUGGUUUGUUUUAGGAAAUAAUGCAGUGCAUUUUGUAAAGAUGUGCAUGAUAUAUACAUUUUAUACAUUCUAACAGUAAAUUAGCAAUUCAUAUGCACCAAACAUGUGCCAGACAUGAUGCAAAAUAUCUGUGUGGAGAAAGAAAACCUUGAUAAUGAUCAAUAUUAAUUUGAUUAAAAACAAAAUAUCAUUUUCAGAAGCACCAGAUAAGUGUCAUACACAUAUGAUAUUGUACAUGUCUGUAAUAGGGUAUCUGCUGGUAACAAUUACAAAAAUUUAUAAACUGUCAGGAAAAUAACUCAUUUCUCAUGAAAAUGCAGAGGUCCUAUAUGAAAUCAUAAUUAUUACUGAGCAUAAAUAUGUCUUUGAAAAUCUUUCAGAAAUUUUUUUUGCGUUUUUCCCAUUUUCUGUGUCUUCUGAAAUGUGAAUGGAAAAAUUUUAGCCAAAAGAUAAACUGCAUUGUAAACAAUUUAUUUUUAUUUUUUUCAUGUUUUAUACUUCAGAUGAUAUCCAUGAGCUUUUUAAAUUGUGUAAUUUUAGUAUCAUUUUGAAGCAAGUUACAAAAGAAACCAAGAAGUGUAUUUUGACAAGUGUCAUUGCAAAUGUAUGCUUGGACAUAAUACUGCUGCAGUUGUGCAUCUCUGAAAGAAAUUAAAGUUAAUGUUUUCAUAUCUCUGGAAUGGGUUUCUUAAAUUGAAUGACAAUGCAGAUUUGACAUUUGUUUGUUGAAUAAGACAUGCAUUUAUUUUGUACUAUAAUAUUAGAUGGGAGUUUUAAAAAGUUUCUAAUGUUAUUGUUCUAUGCUGGUGUUGGUAAACCAAUAAACUGGCACAUAAAUGGAA